UGUUUUGUUUCUGUACUCUCAGUAAGGUUUCUUUAAAUUACAGCCAGCUGUCCUGUGGACUCCUCUCCUCUUUCCUGCCCAUGAGUUCCCUGAGCAAAUCAAAGUCUGCUUUUCUGAAAUCCAGGGUCCUUACUCUGAUGUUCUCCUUCCUUCUGUUCCUCAGGAUCUUCAACUCAGUCAUAUACUUUCUUUUAGGUAUGAUGGAGAGUUCUUCUCUGGAAAUUGCCCUGGAAAAUGAUACACAAGAAGAAGGAAAGCUUUAUGAAGUUGAUUCCUUAAAUAACCUAAACAAACUAAAUGUUUGUUCUGAUGGAUCUCAACACCUGCUAAACCAGGAAGAGGAGAACACAGGUGAUGGUUGGAUGACAUGGAGUAGCAUAAGAAGCCAAUGUGUGUUCUUCGUUACAUUGAUCAUUACGUUGAUUGUCAGUUUGGCACUUGUUUCAUUUGUAAUAAUCUUAAUAAUUCAGACUGGAAAGAAGAUGGACCAAGUGUCAAGCAGACUGGAGUUUGAAAGGAACAACAUAGAAGAGCUUAAGAAAAUAAACAAUUUGCUGUUAAAGCAUCUAAACCAAUCUGGAUUCAUGGAGAAGGAAGGAGAUCUUGUUAGAGGUCAAACCCCAUCAAUUCCUGUUCUUCAUGAGCAUUGAUUUACCCACUUGGAGCUGGAAGAAACAGGGCAGCAACCAUUUUGUGCAAUGAAAUCUAUUUUCAGUCUAUACAUUUACUUUAAUUUGGUCUUCUGUGCAGCCAGGUGGGUACUUAACUAUUCUGGCUCAAUAUGCUCCCUAACUAUUAUAAGAGCACUAGAAAAACAAUUGGAAGGGAAUGGAUCUGUGCAAGCUGCUAUUACUACUGCAUAGAUGUAUAGUCAAUACCCCUUUUGGUUUGCUCCAACUUGAUGCUAUGGAUACAUAUCCUUAGAUCUGCCACUCGAUUACCGGAGCUCUCUGAUACUGCAGACAGCUCUGUAUGAGUAAAAUAAGGAUUUGUGCCCAAAUUUCUAACAUUUUCUAAAUUUAAAAUAAAACAUUGUAAUU